AUGAACUCUGUUGUCUUCUCUCCUUCAGCCUACUCCACAGUGUCCGGUGUGAACGGACCGCUGGUGAUCCUGGAUAAUGUGAAGUUCCCCAGAUACGCUGAGAUCGUUCACCUGACCCUGCCGGACGGCACCAAGAGGAGCGGGCAGGUUCUGGAGGUGAUCGGGAGCAAGGCCGUGGUCCAGGUGUUUGAGGGAACAUCAGGUAUCGAUGCCAAGAAGACGGCCUGUGAGUUCACUGGUGACAUCCUGCGCACCCCCGUGUCAGAGGACAUGCUCGGGCGUGUGUUCAACGGCUCAGGCAAACCCAUCGACCGCGGGCCCACCGUCCUGGCUGAGGACUACCUGGACAUCAUGGGUACGACCCCCCCCCGUCCCCCCCGUCUUCAAAAUGCUCUGAGCUGGACGGAUGUCUUAACAAGAGAGCUGCACCUUCAUACAAAAAUGAAAUAAAAAGAAAAUGCUGUU